GUGGAUUUGCAAUAGUGUUUCUUGUGAGGACUAACAAUGGGAUGAAAUGUGCCCUGAAGCGGAUGUACGUCAAUAACGAGUACGACUUGCAAGUCUGCAAAAGAGAAAUCCAGAUCAUGCGGGACCUGUCCGGCCACAAGAAUAUUGUCGGAUACAUCGAUUCCAGUAUAAACUCAGUAAGCAGCGGCGACGUGUGGGAAGUGCUGAUACUGAUGGAUUUCUGUCGAGGAGGUCAAGUGGUGAACCUCAUGAACCAACGCCUGCAGACAGGGUUCACGGAGAACGAGGUCCUGCAGAUCUUCUGCGACACCUGCGAAGCCGUAGCCAGGUUGCAUCAGUGUAAAACGCCGAUAAUCCACAGGGAUUUGAAGGUUGAAAACAUCCUGCUACACGAUCGUGGCCACUAUGUCCUGUGUGACUUUGGGAGUGCUACUAACAAAUUCCAGAAUCCUCAAACAGAAGGGGUGAAUGCAGUAGAGGAGGAGAUCAAAAA